UCUCUCUCGCCCUCUCUCUCUCUCAGGUUAACUGUGUGACGUUCCCGUCUCUUGCAUGCAUGCAGGAGCAGCAGCUGCUGAAACCAAACGAGUGGAGCUACUGUGAUUUCUUCUGGGCUGAUAAGAAGGAUCCCCAGGGCACCAGCUGCCUCACAGGAUUUGAGGUUUUGCUGCAAAAACAGCUGAAGGGGAAACAAAUCCAGAAAGAGAUGGCAGAGUUUAUAAGAGAAAGGAUAAAGAUAGAAGAGGAGUAUGCCAAGAGUCUCUCCAAGCUCUCCCAGAUCCCUCUAGCAAGCCAGGAAGAAGGGUGAGUGACGGAGA